AUGUCGUGUCGAAAUCCAACACUCUAUCAUUCGUAUCAUUUGAACACGUCACUUCAAAGACCGCUGUCGAGUUAUCCAGUGGUAAGGCAGAAAUUCUGGGGGCCUGAGACCUGAGGCGGUUUGGGUUAGGCUUAGACUUGAGAAGGCUUGGGGUUCAAAGGGCUCACGUCAGGAUUUUUUAAAUAUUAAAAAUGUUUGGGCUCACAAAGGGAAAAACCGAAGUUUUGGCCAAGCCGCAGAUCUUGGCUAAGCAUAAAGUCUUGGAUAAGCCUAGAGUUUUCCUUGAGCUUAGGGUUGUGCUUAAGCCUAAGGGCUUGGUUAGGAGUAUGGCGUGGCAAGCUUAUUUCUCUUUAAAAAAUCUUCAGACAAAAAAAGGCCUUCUAAAUGUUCCCAGGACCACGAAUCCGAUAUAUUCCAACCUCCCGAAUCUCCCCCACAAACUCAAAAUUUUUCCAGAAAUCCGAAGAGGUCAUCGAUGUGUCGGAGGGCGAAAUGACUGAAGUCACAUCACUUAUCGGAUUCGUGGCGGGACCCAGAGAACCCGGAUGUAGUUAUGGGUAAGUUAUCUCAUUUUCGAUUGUUGAUUCUGUCCGAAAAAUAAUCAUAAAUACGUCUAAAUAUUCUUAGAAUGAUUUUCGUUUUCAGCUUAUCCCACGGAUAAGCUUCAGCUCAAAACAAAAAGCUGAAACUUCCCGGAAACAAAGUAUCCACUUUCUCCCACCACAUUUUGUUUUGGUGUUUGGCUAAUUUUAGCCAAUCUUUUUUUUUUCUUUUUGGGCUCAAAAAGAUAAUAGAUCAAACACAAGGAGAAAAAUGAAUUUGAAGAGGAAAUUGAUAUGAGUCGCAAUUGAAACAUGCUCUCGGGGCUCGAAUUUCCGGACCCCUUAAAAAACACCAAGGCUAGGCUAUUUUUAUAGUUUCGCUCAAGAGGAUCCGUCAUACGAGAAGUCGGUCAGCGAGUGUCAUGUGAUUCAGGAGAAACGCGAUUUUGCCGAAGGUGUCUUGUUGAAGUGUAUUGAUAAGAAACGUGAGUUAGAGGGGAGGGGGAGAGACGCAGAGGAGAGAGGGCUGUUAGAGAACACAGAAAAGAGAGAGAUGCAGAGAAGCAGGAUAUGUAGGAUGAGACGUAGAGAAACUAGAGGUGAGGUUAGAGACGCAGAGGAAGAGAGUGAUUAUAGAGGACUACACAACUUAGGGGUUCAGAAGACAUAGAGAAAAUAUAGCGAUUAGAGAUCAUUUGAGUUUGAGAGACGCAGAGAAAUCAUAGACUAGAGAGCGCUUUUCCCAAAGAGACGCUGAGAAGCUAGAUAGACACUACAAUAAUCUGUGAGACGCAUAAACUUUUCUCAAAAAACACAAGAACUUUAGAGAAUCUCGAAGCAAAUCAUACCUCAUAGAACAUACACAAAAACUUUUUUGCUUACUUAUUAUUUCUCCAAGCCACAAACAAAGGCAAAAACUUUUUUUCGAGUUCCAAACAUCAUUAUUUUUAAUGAGAUUCAAAUCCGUCUCCUGAAUUUCAGCACUAUUUCCAUACUUGCAUUUUGCACAAUUCCGAAAUCCCGAAUACACUCAACGCGUCCAUCAAAUAUCGGAUGUGGUCAGGGAAUGUACACCCACGCAAGGCAGUUUGUAUGGUGAGUUGGGAGGCUAACUAAGAAUAUAUGUGCACCUCUUUUGUUUGCUUUCUUUUUAUAUAUACUUCUUUAUUUUUAGCUAGUUGGGCUAACUGAGAUGGCCAAAAAUAAAACAAAAAACGUUUUUCAGGUGCCUACGAUGAAGUGUACAGCAUUCAAAAAACCGCGACACUCGGCGAAAAUCGUUUGCCAGCUCAUCGCCACGCUGGAUACAUUGUGAUCGGCUUCAAAUUGUUGGAUGACGCGUCGAAACAGCAGACGCUGGAGAAGACGUGGCUCUCGUGGUCGGGAGCUCGUGAGAUCUAUAAACACUCGCCGAGGAGUUGGAAUUUGCGGAGGAUCUCGUUGAUGCGGUGUCCAACGGCGAAGUGAGUGAAGGGAGUGGGGGUAGCUAUGACGUGGCAAAUGUUUAUCAUUCAAAACUUUCAAGCUAAAAAAGGUUUUUCAAUGUAAAUUAUACACCUAUUCAUAGACCAAACCGAUUUGCGUCGAUAAGCAAAACACAUGAUAAAUUUUUCAUGAAAAAAACUGGAAGACUACGAAAAAUUGUAGCAAUUGACGCAGGAAAAACGUUGGGAAAUUUUCAGAAAUCACUAAUUAUUAUUAGAUUUUAAGGGAUUCCUAGAAGUUUUCCGGAAAAAUUCCUCUAACCUUCAAAACACCUAGGAUCUUUAGAAAUUUUUCAAUUAAUUUUUUUUCCAGCAACCGUAAUUCUGGCGUCGCUUCGAGACCCUUCGUCUACAUUUUGAUGUGUGAAUACGGCUCCAUUUUACACCCUUCAAACACAAUUCAAGCAUUGGAUAUUUGCGAAAGAUUGAGAGUGAGAAAUUGUGGACACAUUGCACUGUAUCAGGUAGAUUUUGAAGUUUUUGCUGAAAAUAUUGGAGAACUGGAAAUUUUUUCAAUUUCUGGUGAAAAAAACGUUUCCGGUAAUUUUUGGUCGCGCGGAACUAUUGUAGUUCCGACGAUUAUUUUUAUAUACUUUUUUCGAAAAAGAUUUUUUUUUGUUUUUGAAAAAACAGAAAGAUAGUGGUUUUUGGAUUUGAGAAUAGCCACGUGGCAAAAAACAAAAAAAUUUUCCAGGUGCACACAGCCUACUCGAGCCCACUCCCUCGCACCUCUUCCCAUUCUUCCCCAUGCCAUUCAACAUCCAGUGGACCUGUCGUCGGAAACAACCAAAGUAGCUCCAGCUACUCGAGCUCUGCCGCUAAACGUGCCCAAAUGAUGCGCGGAUUCUCACAAGACGUCGAAGCCCAAAACUUCAGCGAAAGUGCGACGCGACGUGCGCGAAUGUUGCGAACUCGCGGCGAACGCAGUUUUCAACAUCCCGAUGAGUAUCACUAUUAUCAUCAUGAGCAAUUUUGA